AUGGCAUUAGAAGAAAAUAAUAAUAAUACUACAGGAAAUUUCAAGCAAGAAUUAGAAGAUUUAUUGAAUAAUGAAGUGGUUUUUGAUUCAUUUUUGGAAACUGUUGAACAAAUACAAGAAGAUUUAAAUCAACUUUAUAAAAAAGUUCAAGAUGAAGAAAAUGAACUUAAAGAACUUUAUGAUGCUUAUAAAGAAAAAAUAAAGACACAACAAGAAGUUUUGCAGUUGGAGGUACAACAAUCAGAUGAAUUAUCAGAACAAAUAGCAAAUUCGUUUUUAGACGGAGAGAUAGAAUAUGAUCAUUUUGUUAAGCAUUUUAGAGAAGUAAGAAAAGUGUAUCAUCUUAGAAAUGCCAAGGUUGAAAGAAUUGCUUUGAAUCCUAGUAAUGAGGCUGAUAACCCACUACAAAUGGUUAUAGCUUGUCCAUUAAUAUAA